GCCGCUGAAGAGACUUUCCGGAAUUGAAAUAGGCAUGGCGUUGCCAGGUGAAAAUGCCGCUUGCUCUAGUGAUUUCCAAGCUCAGUAUAUAAAAUUUUGUAAUGGUGAUACAUCUGUGUACAUUUUUACGUAUGCUGAAGAAGACUUUAUCCGGGGCAGUGUUCAGUGUCUUGACGAUGAUGUGCAUUCUCGCUUCGACAAAAUUCUGAGGUCCAAGUGGCAAGAGAAGAUGGAGCGAGGCUUCUUUAAAUAUCAUCUCGGAGAAUUGCAAACGCGUAUCUUACCUGGAUCGCGGCAUUUUGUCGCACAGUUAAAUAUUCAGAGAGGCGCCCUAAGACGUAAACCUCAAGAAAUACAGAGCAUUAAGCAAGUAUUCGAUCCCAGUCAAUUUAAUUUUAAUAACAUUAAAUCAGGCGAAAUUCUCUUUGAAAUUCGAAGAGAAGGACAUCAUCGCCCUUGUGAUUUUGACUAUAAUGGAGUAAUUUGUGAUAAAAUACUCUUUGUUAUUAAUGUCAGCCCUCUGGAAUUUUGCCACUCUUUGAUUGUUCCUUACCCCGAACUUUGCCUUCCGCAAAUUCUGACAAUGGAUGCCAUCCGAAUUGGAAUCGAGUCCGUUUUGCUAAGUUCAGACCCGGGUUUCCGUGUCGGAUUUAACAGCUUGGGUGCCUUUGCCUCAGUGAAUCACUUACAUCUGCACUGUUACUACCUCAGUCAUAGACUUCUGCUUGAAGCUGCACCAGCAGUGCCCCUGUCCCCACAUCAUAACUUCUACUUUCUUCCCGACUUUCCCGCAGGUUUUCUGUUUUACACUGAUGGCGAUGAUCUGGAAAGGUUGGUGGACAGCAUUUGGAAAAUCACACAGGUUUUGGUUGAAAAAGAUAUUGCUCACAACAUGUUUAUAACCCGGGGCUGCCAGCCUGAUCAUCACCGCAGUGACACAUUUCUUGUUCGAUCAGGCAUCCGCAUUGUGCUAUGGCCACGAAUGUCCUGCUUUGGUGCCAAGGAAGAAUCUGCCUUUAACGUUGCUCUUUGUGAGUUGGCCGGUCACUUACCUUUCAAAAAUCGGAAAGAUUUUGAGUCUAUUACAGAGGGGACAGUAAUACAGAUAAUCAAGAAGUAUCUUCUUCCAGAAAAUCAGUUUAUUCAGUUACAGAGUGAACUCAUCAAAGUUUUUGAUGCACAAGAAGCGCCAAGUUCACUUUAAGUAACUAAGUUAUUUUUCUUUUGUGUACUGUCUACAAGUGGAUUUUAGAUUAGAAUAAUUACUUGAAAUGGCAAGAGUGCAAUGAGAAUAUGAUUUUCGAUUGGUAGCCUAAUGUUUCAGGUAUUCCCCAUCUGCUGCUGGAAUAUGCGGUAUAUUUUUAAAAAUAGGUAAUAAACCUCUUAUUAACCUCAGUUAUGGGCAACACAUUUAAAGUCAUUCCCAUUUUGCACUGUUUUUUAAAAAGUGACCAGUUAAUGAUUAUUUUUAAUUUUUUGCUCCUGGGGAAAAUGCUCAAAAUGUACAAACCUAAGCAGACACCACAUGAUGCCAAAGAUUGCCAGGUGUCUGUUACAAAUAAUUGUAUUUUAUUUAAGCAUAAUUAGACACAGCUUGUUUGAGGGGGAAAAUUAACACAAUGCUUAAAGGGAUUCCCAAUUGAUCCACGAGAACCACAGUGACUGGUACUUGUUCCCUUGAGUUUUGGCCUGAACACUUAACAAAUCUACAAAGAGAGGAGGCUUAAGUUUAUUAAUUCAUGUGUGACAUCGUACUAAUGUCUUUUUCUUACCAGAAAGCUAUUUUUUUGCCUUAAAAUUAAAGAAAAUGAAGUGUGGUGGUUUGCUAGUUGGCACACGUCUGCUCUAGUGUUUAAAAAAAUAAAGUCAAUUGUCACUUGGUC